AUGGAAAUCCACACCGAAUCCAUCGACACAAUCAACAAUGGCCAAGUCAAGGUCAUCCCUGUAGAGGACAUUCAAUCCACCUUUGGCUCUUCCAGCAUCGACCUCAUCAGCAAACCCCUCGGCUCGCGCAUCCUCUCCUUCUCCGACGAAUGGUUCGCCGCCGCCGAUAACCUCACCACCCCCACCGCACCAAUCCGCAAGCCUGGCGUCUUCGUCUUCUCAGGCGCCUGGUAUGAUGGCUGGGAGACUCGCCGCCAUAAUUCCGAGCCCUUUGACUACGUGGUCUUCAGACUCGGUGUUGCGAGCGGAAGAGUCAAGGGUGUAGAGAUCGAUACUGCAUUUUUCAAUGGCAAUCACGCGCCAGAAGUGCAGGUACAAGGCGUCUUUGCCGACGACAGCAGAGAAGAAGAAAUAAAGAGCAAGGACUUUGCAGAAUGGGAAACCAUCUUGCCAAUCACCGAAUGCGGUCCCUCGCAACGACACGCUUGGCUUCUUCCCACAACCACAAAACCUUACACCCAUAUCCGCUUGCAAAUGUUCCCUGAUGGCGGUAUUGCUCGUUUCCGCCUUUAUGGAGAUGUACAAGCCGUAUUGCCUACAGAUGCUUCCGAAGUCUUUGAUCUGGCAGCUACUGUCAACGGCGGUGUUGCCAUUGCUUGCUCAGAUCAACACUUUGGCACAAAAGAUAAUCUUCUCCUCCCCGGCCGCGGCAAAGACAUGGGCGAUGGCUGGGAAACCAAGCGCACGCGUGGCGAACACAUAGACUGGUGUAUCAUCCGUCUAGGCACUUCUGGCUACAUUUCCAAACUGCUGAUCGACACUGCACACUUCCGCGGCAACUUUCCGCAAAAGGUGCAGGUGUUUGCUGCCGAGGGUUCUGAAGCUCCUGCACACGAUAGUGGCAAGUGGGUGGAGAUUUUGAGUCCGCAGAAGACGGGGCCGGACUUUGAGCAUGUAUACGAGGGAGAUGUGUUGAAGGAGGUCAAGGACAAGGCGUAUGAAUUCGUCAAGUUGGUCAUGAUUCCCGAUGGCGGUAUCUCGAGGAUCAAGGUGUUUGGUAGCAAGGCUGUGUAG